AUGUGGUCUACAAAUCUGGCGGUUUUGACCGCCGUAGUCGGCGCAGCGUCGACGGCGGCCAACCCGGUGACUUCGGCCAACUGCAAGGCGGCCAUUUUUCAGAAGUAUAUCGAUGCCAAUGGCACCAUCGCCAAUGUGCAAUGGGCAUCCUACAUCCCUGCCAAUGGAAGCUUCAAUCCUAUGAACUACACCUCCUCCUCCGAAUAUCCCACCAACCUGCCCGAGGGGUGUGGCGUGCAAAUCAACGUCUCUUCCGAAGGUAGCUCCAGCUAUCUGGUCGGUCUGAUCUUACCUUAUGACUGGAAUGGUCGUCUUCUCUCGGCUGCUGCUGGGGGCGGCAUCAACUGGGUGGAUAUGGGCACUGGCACCCACUACGGAUUUGCAACUCUGUCGAGUAAUCUCGGCCAUGUUGGGAUCGACACCGAAGGAACCUGGGCCAUUGGCCGUCCGGAGGCUGUGAUCGAUUGGGGCUACCGGGCCUGGCACGGGGCCACCGUCUUGGGGAAGCUGUUGAUCGAGAAGUGGUAUGGCUCGUCUGCACAGUACAGCUACUUCUAUGGAUGCUCGACCGGUGGCCGACAGAGCAUGAAGAACAUGCAAGAAUAUCCCGACGACUACGAUGGCAUUCUCGCCGGAGCCCCAGCCUGGUGGACCACUCACCAGCAAUUAUACAACUUGAAGCAGACUACCUACCAAGCCCCGGCCAACUCGUCGCACACGAUUCCAGAGGCCAUGUUCGAUGUCAUUGCCGCCGAGGUGUUGAAGCAGUGCGAUCCCCAGGAUGGUCUGGUCGACAACAUCAUCUCCGACCCCGCGGGCUGCAACUUCAACCCUAACGUGUUGAUGUGCAAUGCGACCAGCGCAGCGGACGAGUGUCUGACCGCCGAGCAGCUUGCCACCUUGUACAAGAUUCACAAUGACUGGGUCGAUGUCAACCAGACCUACGUCUAUGGACAUAUGUGGCUGGGAAGUGAGUCCUCAUGGCUAGAUGGGAACAUUGGACUGGGCGAAGACAGCACGAUCGACCAGCAGUACUGGUAUCCUCGCGACCUGAUGGGCCUCUCCGACUUCGUGUGGCAAGAUCUGGACUUCAGCACCGUGCAGUUGGCCGACCAGCUGAACCCAGGUAACGCAACGGCCGACAAGUUCGACAUCAGCGCCUUCUACAACCGUGGGGGCAAAUUCCUGCACUACCACGGGCUGUCAGACGCCUACGUCUCCCCCGAUGCCAGUAUUUAUUAUUACGACCAGGCCUCCAGCGCGCUCAAGCCUCAGGGUGUGGAGAUGGAUGAUUUCUACCGCAUGUUCUUGAUCCCGGGCAUGGAGCACUGCUAUUCAACUCCAGGUAUCAUGAAUGCCCCCUGGUACAUCGCCGGUGCCGACCAAGCCGCCAUGAUCAACACCGGCACCUACAGUGUCCCCGGAUACCGGGACGCCAAGCACGAUAUCAUUCUGGCGAUGAUGGCCUGGGUUGAGAAUGGUACUGCCCCAGACAGUAUCAUUGCCACCAAGUGGAAGAAUGACACGACGGCGACGGAGGUCCUCCGUCAGCGCCCCGUUUGUCAUUACCCCUACCAGGCCCAGUAUAACGGAACAGGUGACCCCGAUGAGCCUACCAACUGGAGUUGUAAGCUCUUGUACUAG